AUGAAUUUUUCUAAAAUUGAUUUAUUUUCGCAGCACUUCAAUUUCAAUGUUGGUUAGCAAUAGAUAAAAAAAGGAACUAUAUCAGGAGCUAUCUUGACAUUAGCUAUUACAAUCAUUGCAGCUAGCUAUUAUUCUUAUUUGUUAUACAUUUAUGUCAAUAAUGAAAUAGAGCCAACUUAUAGAUCUCAGAAUAUAAUCACUUAAGAUAAGAUAGAAAUAGAUUUAAAUUCUAAAUUAGUAGGAUUUCGAUAUGAGUAUGAUACUAAUAUCAAUAUUGAUUAGUUUCAAGCAUAAAAUAACAAGACUUAUGUAGUAUUGAUGGGCUUUUACUAUUAUGCUGAUGCUAAUAAAACUAAUGAAUUAACUAUUCCAUUAAAUGUAAUUAAGUGCUCUGAUAAAGAACUUCAAGAUUUUUAUUGCCUUGACUUCUCGUAAAUUAGCAAUUAAACAUUGAUUCUUAGUAAUAGAGAUAAUAUUUAGUCAUUUAUAGGCAUUAAAGUUUAUGGAUGCUUAGAUGUUGAUUUUUUCAAAACAGAUACUCCAAAUAAUUGUGCAAGUUAAGAUGAAAUUGACAAAAUAAUGAAUGGCUAAAAUUCUGGAUUAAGACUAAGAAUGUUCACAUCUUAAUUUAAUAUUAUGACCAAGCAAAAUUAAGUCAAUUAUAGAAAUGUGUUUAUCUAUACUAUUGCUAGCUAAUUAAUUUAAACUACAAUCAAAACAUAAAAGCAAAAUACUUCUGUUAAGUAGGGAUUAUUAAUAUUAUAAGAGACAAACUUUUCUUCUCCUAUUUAGUAUGAUGUAAUCUAACAAUCCUAUGAUAGGAAUUAUAGCUAAUAAUAUAUUGGACUCACAGGAUAUAAUUUUGUCUAAAUUCUUAUGGAUGAGAUAGUGCAAGAAAUCAAAAUAUAAUACCCAACCAUACCAGAAAUUUUAGCUCUAGGAAAUAGUAUUUUAGCUCUUUUAAUGUUUUUAGGAGUUAUUGGGAGGUCAAUUUCUGCUAAUUCCAUCAGAAGAGACUUCUUUAUGUUAAUUCUAUAAAACCUUUAUUAGGGUAAAUAUAUGUAAUUACUUUAAAAUAACAGAUUGGUUGAUUUUAAGAAAAACCCUGAUUAAGAGCCUUUAUAAGAAUAAACAAAUCAUGACUUAUUAAAAAAUAACAUUUAAUCAACCUAAUUUUAAGAAAAAACUGAAAAAAUUUAAUUUAAGCGCUACCAAUCUUAAGCAACAAAGAGUAAAAGAUCGAUUGACGUCAGCUAAUUUAAUACCAACUUAAAAAAUUCAAAUGUGUUCUUAACUAUUAAGAGUCCUAAAUUAAAUGAGUCAUCCAUUUUAAGUGAAUAGUCUAUCAAAUCUAAAUAAAGGCUAGAUACAAAUAAAAAUAUCUAGGCGCUUAAAGCAAUAUAUGAUCAAAGUUAUUUAUAGAAAGUCUCUAAAAUACUGUUUUCUAAAAGUUGGUUUAAGAAGAAACAGGAGAGUCAUUAGAAUGUAAAAAUCUGUAAGUAUGAAAGAAAAAUCAUAGAAAAAUAGUUGAAUAAAGAGUUAGAUAUCUAUCAAAUAUACUAAGACCUUCUAUUCUUAAAAAAGGCUAUUAUGAUUAUCCUAGACAAAGAUUAACUGGCAGCCAUAAAAUUUGUAGGUUGUUCAUAGAAUUUCUUCGACAAAGUAAAUGACAAUACAGAAAGUGUAGUCACUUAGCUAUAUAAUGAAAAAAAAAUGACUCACUUUGAAGAAUAAUUUACAGUUUUGUAGUCAGAAGAUUUAUAAUAUUAGUGUAUCAAACAGUUUAUUUCAAAAUGCUAGAAUGAGCGCAAUAUGAGUGAAAUAGAUAAAAAAAUUUUGUCUUCUUUAAAUUGA